AUGGCUAAUUUUUGCUUGGAAUCUAGCUGGCUACCGCUUCUCUUCAUCCCUACAAACGCUAGUCCCCUCUUCAUAGUAUCCUUCGUGACCCUGACCUACUUCCUCCACCGGCCGUGCUCCUACUGCUCUGCCCUCCUCUUUAUCCUCUUCAUAUCCUCCUGUAACUGGUCGGACAGAUGCUUCGUCGACUUCAAAAGCGACUGGUUUUCUCCCCGCUUCGCUACCCCGUCGCCAACCGCGGCCAACAAUAUCCCUGAGGACCCAACGGCCGGUUUGACGCAGUAUGUUUUGGAGGCUGUGAACUCGACUGCCACCGCGCUGGCCACUGCUGCCGUCGAAGAAACGAAAAGGAGAGUUGCUCCAAGUGGAAGCGUGCCGUUAGGAAAUGGACAGCACCCAGAACUGACGGGAAUCGGCUUGGAGUGGCUACGGAGCCUUUUGGGCCGGAAGGAAUGGACGCUGCCAUGUGUGGACGUGAAAGUGAGGUUAUAA